GUUGGGCAAAGAAGGCGUGGACUUUUUGAUACAUUUUCUUCAUUCAGAUCCACCAAACCAAACCAAACCCAUCACACAGAAUCACGUAAAACACCCAACUCAAAAGCUUCAAACUUUUUCAGUUUUUCCAAAUUAAGACACAGUGAAAGAAAAGGAAAAGAGUUGCAAAGUUUUCUUCUUUUUUGUUUCUUGAAAGUCAGAGAAAAGUUUGAAGCUUUCUUUCCUCUGUUGGAUUAUUCAACUGGGAUGGCGGGCGGCGGAAGUGGGGACCGGCCACCGUGGAAGGAGGCGGCGCCGCCUCGACCCACCAUCAGUCUCCCUCCAAGGGCUGCUUCCAUGGAGACCCUUUUCAAUGGCGGCUUCAGUCCUGGUCCCAUGACUCUUCUCUCUGGCUUUUUGACCGAUGGGGAUGACAGCAACAAGUCCUUCUCUCAGCUCCUCGCCGGAGCCAUGGCUUCUCCGGUGACCUCCACCGUCGCCGUACACGACUCGUAUGGCCUCUUUUCACCUUCCCAGAUGUCAUUUGGAAUGACACACCAGCAGGCACUAGCCCAAGUUUCAGUGCAGGCUUCACAAGCUAACUCAAACAUGCAUAUUCAGGCUGAACAUUCACUAUCAUCACCUACCUCAUUCACACAGGUUCCUGCAGCUACUUCCAACACCACACAACAGCUGGUUCCACCCUUAAAUGCAGAUUCUUGGGCCACAAUGACUGAAUCCACUGAUCAUUCUCACUCUGAACAAAAGUUGCAAUCUUCAUCGCUGAAUGUUGAUAAGCCUGCAGAUGAUGGAUACAACUGGAGGAAGUAUGGACAGAAACAGGUGAAGGGUAGUGAAUUUCCUCGAAGUUAUUACAAAUGCACGCAUCCACACUGUCCUGUCAAGAAAAAGGUUGAGCGUUCCCUUGAGGGUCAUGUUACUGCAAUUAUUUAUAAAGGAGAACACAAUCAUCAACGUCCUCAUCCUAAUAAACGCUCAAAAGAUUCUGUGGCUUCAAAUGAACAUUCAAAUAUGCAAGGGAAUGCUUCUUCUUAUCAAGGGAUGGCUAAGAUGGAUCCAGAGUCAAGUCAGGCAACAGCUGAUCAUCUAUCAGGAAGUGACAGUGAGGAAGUUGGUGAUCAUGAAGCUGCAGAUGAUGAGAAAAAUGUUGAGCCUGACCCCAAGAGGAGUAAAACAGAAGCCACAAAUUUGGAUCCAGCAUCUUCGCAUAGGACGGUCACUGAGCCUAGAAUCAUUGUGCAAACAACAAGUGAAGUUGAUCUUUUAGAUGAUGGUUACAGAUGGCGAAAAUAUGGGCAGAAAGUUGUGAAAGGCAACCCUUAUCCGAGGAGCUAUUACAAAUGUACAACACCAGGUUGUAAGGUCCGAAAGCAUGUGGAGAGGGCUUCAACAGAUCCUAAAGCUGUGAUAACAACAUAUGAAGGAAAACACAACCAUGAUGUUCCAGCUGCUAAGACCAGCAGCCAUGUUAUGGCAGGUAACAACACUUCACAGAUAAAGUCACAGAAUUCCAAUCAUAGAAGACAAAGUUUUGGCAGCAGAGAUAUUGGUGGCAAUGAACAACAGCCUGUUGCAAGGCUAAGGUUGAAGGAAGAGCAGAUAACCUAGUAUGUGCUGGAAGAACUUGAUUCCAUGUUUUGUUUUCAUGCUCAUUGCAUUCUUUUUUAGUCUUAGGCCUAAGUUUUGAUCAUGGCCUAUCAGUGCAAUCCCUAAUAAACAAAUGGUUCAACACUUUUCUCUUCCUGGCUUCUCCCACAAACACAUCAUGAUGAAAGAGGUAAGGGCAGAAAAAAGGGUUUAUUUGCACAGUGAAGUGAACACAGGUUUUGGACGAUUCUGUACUAUUUGUAUCUUUUGUGUACAUUGAAAAUUUAUGUUAUGUUUUUUAAUAUAGCUGCUCAUCAUUUCAUAGUGUAAUUCCUUGUUAUUUGAUAUAUUUUUUUGAAAGAUGUGAAAUUUUUGGAUCCC